AUGUCUGCAGACGACAAGAAAGAAGAGACGACACAGAACCCUACCGAGUUUUUCGAAUCUAUCGGAAACAAGGUCGAAGGUGUGUCUGCUACCACAAAUGGCGCCACUGCCGAGGACGACCAGUACCGUCCUGUUGAGGAGAUUGAGUCGCUUUGCAUGAAUUGCGGCGAGAAUGGCGUCACUCGUCUCCUUCUCACAGCAAUCCCCUACUUCCGAGAAGUAGUCAUCAUGUCCUUCUCCUGCGAGCACUGCAACGUGCAAAACAAUGAAAUCCAAGCGGCUGGCACAGUUCAACCAAAGGGAACACACUACGAGCUACGUCUUACGGCACUCGAAGACUUCUCCCGCCAAGUUGUCAAGUCCGACACCGCGACUGUCAAAUUCAUCGAAAUGGAUCUCGAAAUCCCCGCCGGCCGUGGCCAACUCACAAACGUCGAGGGUCUCCUAACCACCGUUCUUGACGACCUCGAGAUGAAUCAACAAGCUCGCAAAGAACAAUCUCCCGAAGUAGCUGAAAAGGUCGCCGAGAUCAUCGCCAAGGGGCGCUCUAUGCUUGCUGGGGACGCAUUCCCUUUCCGCUUCUACGUCGAUGACCCAGCCGGAAACUCCUUCAUCGCACCGGAUCUCAAAGACGGUGUAGGAAAAUGGGAAAAGCGCGAAUUCAUCCGCACUCCUGAGCAAAAUGCAUCCCUCGGCAUAGGAGACAGUGCCGAUGCUCCUGCUGAAUUCUCCAACCCCGGCCUCACUGAGGACGGCGAGAUCAUUCCGAACGAAGUAUAUAGCUUCCCAGCCAGUUGCCCCGGUUGCAUGCAUCCAUGCACAACACACAUGAAGAUGGUGGAUAUUCCACACUUCAAGCAAGUCGUCCUCAUGUCUACCGUCUGCGACCACUGUGGCUACCGGUCCAACGACGUGAAGACGGGCGGCGAAAUUCCCGAGCAAGGCGAGAAAAUCACCCUGACUGUCCAAGACUCCACCGAUCUCGCGCGCGAUAUUCUCAAAUCUGAAACAUGUGGUCUCGAAUGCCCCGAACUCCAACUGCAGGUAAACCCCGGAACUCUAGGCGGUCGCUUCACCACCGUCGAGGGUCUUCUUACACAGGUUCGCAACGACCUCCACAGCCAAAUAUUUGAAGCAAGUGGCCCCGGACAAGGCGGUGAUUCAUUAAGCACCCCUGAGAAGACGCAGUGGGAUACUUUCUUUGCAGGUUUAGACGCGGCUAUCAAGGGCGAGAAGGAGUUUACCGUCAUUUUGACAGAUCCAUUUGCAAGCAGCUUUGUUCAACCGCUGGUGGACCCCCCUGCUCCCGACCCCAAGAUUAAGAAGGAGAACUAUGAGAGGACAGAGGAGGAGGAGGAAGAGCUGGGAUUGAAAGACAUGAAAGUUGAGGGAUACGAAGAGCCCGAGAAGGAGGAGGAACAGGAUAAAUAA